AUGGAUUACUUUCUGCUUUUAUGCAGCCUCUUGCUUCCCGUGGUGUUCGCAGUUGAAGAGACAUUGAUGGACACAAAGUGGGCCACGACAGAAUUAGCAUGGACUGCACACCCUGAGACUGGGUGGGAAGAGGUGAGCGGCUACGAUGAUGCCAUGAACCCUAUUCGGACGUACCAAGUCUGUAACGUACGGGAACUCAACCAGAAUAACUGGCUUCGUAGUGACUUCAUCCCACGUAAAGACGUACUGCGCGUAUAUGUGGAAAUGAAAUUCACUGUUCGUGACUGCAACAGCAUUCCCAACAUACCAGGUUCUUGCAAAGAGACCUUCAACCUCUUCUACUAUGAGUCUGACUCAGAUUCAGCCACGGCCACGAGCCCUUUCUGGAUGGAGAACCCCUAUGUGAAGGUGGACACCAUUGCUCCGGACGAGAGCUUCUCAAUGCUGGAGUCGGGUCGAGUGAACACAAAAGUCCGCAGUUUCGGGCCACUCUCCAAAGCCGGGUUCUACUUGGCCUUCCAGGACCUCGGGGCCUGCAUGUCCCUCAUCACAGUGCGGGUGUUUUACAAGAAGUGCUCCACCACGAUCGCCAACUUCGCCGUUUUCCCAGAGACAGCGACCGGGGCUGAGGCAACCUCCCUGGUCAUUGCACCAGGAACCUGUGUGCCCAAUGCCCUGGAGGUGUCUGUGCCUCUUAAGCUCUACUGCAACGGAGAUGGAGAGUGGAUGGUUCCUGUAGGAGCCUGUACCUGCUCAGCUGGUUUUGAACCAGCCAUGAAGGCAACGCAGUGUCAAGCUUGCAGCCCCGGCAGCUUCAAGUCCAAACAAGGGGACGAACUCUGUUUUCCAUGCCCAGAAAACAGCCGUGCAACUUCCGGAGCGUCAAGCAUUUGCUCGUGUCGAAACGGUUUUUACCGCUCAGACACCGAUUCUCCGGAGUCCCCAUGUACAACUGUUCCAUCCGCCCCGCGGAGCGUCAUCUCCAUUGUGAACGAAACCUUUCUGUUACUGGAGUGGAGUGAGCCCCGGGAACUGGGUGGGCGUGAGGACAUCUUCUACAACGUCAUCUGUAAGAAGUGCCUCCCAGAACGGGGAAUGUGCUCGCGGUGCGACGACAACGUGGACAUUUCUCCGCGCCACUUGGGCCUGACCCAGCGCCGCGUCGCCGUCCGGAACCUACAGGCGCACACGCAGUACAGCUUUGAGAUCCAGGCGGUCAAUGGUGUCUCCAAUAAAAGCCCCUAUGUACCCCAGUUCUCGACUGUGAACAUCACCACCAAUCAGGCCGCUCCGUCUGCAGUGCCCACAGUCCACCUGAUGGCGGCCACGGCGAGUACCAUGAGCCUGUCCUGGCUUCCUCCAGAAAAACCCAACGGAAUCAUUCUGGAUUAUGAGAUUAAAUACCAUGAGAAGGAUCAGGGUGAGGCCAUUGCCCACACCAUGACUGCCCAACGCAGCAAUGCCCGCAUUGAGGGUCUAAAGGCUGGGACGCCCUAUGUGGUCCAGGUCCGUGCCCGGACGGUUGCUGGUUAUGGGCGUUACAGCAAUCCAGCGGAUUUCAGCACCAACUUGCAAACUGACCCACCUAAGUCAUUGCAGGAGCAACUGCCUCUCAUUAUUGGAUCAGCCACCGCCACCUUGGUCUUCAUCAUUGCAGUUGUAGUCAUCGCUAUUGUCUGCCUCAGAAAACAGAGAAAUGGUUCAGAGUCAGAAUACACGGAGAAACUGCAACAGUACAUAACGCCGGGAAUGAAGGUCUACAUAGACCCCUUCACGUAUGAGGACCCCAAUGAGGCAGUGCGCGAAUUUGCCAAGGAGAUUGACGUGUCCUGCGUGAAGAUCGAGGAGGUCAUUGGCGCAGGUAACCCACCAAAGCUCCUGAGCUACAGGGGGAAGACUGCUAGUCACCUCCAGGCCAUACCGUUAGAGGACUUCACACCAAGCGGAGAGUUUGGUGAGGUAUGCCGCGGUCGCCUGAAGCUGCCCGGGCGCAGAGAAAUCAUCGUGGCCAUCAAGACUCUCAAAGUCGGAUACACUGACCGCCAGAGACGAGACUUCCUGUCCGAGGCUUCCAUCAUGGGCCAGUUUGACCACCCCAACAUUAUCCGUCUGGAGGGUGUGGUCACCAAGAGUCGGCCAGUGAUGAUUGUGACAGAGUUCAUGGAAAAUGGGGCUCUGGAUUCUUUUCUUAGGCUCAAUGAUGGACAGUUCACUGUGAUCCAGCUGGUGGGCAUGCUGCGUGGAAUCGCCGCUGGCAUGAAGUAUCUGUCAGACAUGAACUACGUGCACAGAGACUUGGCGGCCCGGAACAUAUUAGUGAACAGUAAUCUGGUGUGUAAAGUGUCAGACUUUGGCCUAUCUCGUUUCCUCGAGGAUGACCCCACGGAUCCAACCUACACCAGCUCAUUGGGAGGGAAAAUUCCCAUCCGCUGGACGGCUCCUGAGGCUAUUGCCUACAGGAAAUUCACCUCAGCCAGUGACGUGUGGAGCUACGGUAUUGUCAUGUGGGAAGUCAUGUCGUAUGGCGAGCGGCCGUAUUGGGACAUGAGCAAUCAAGAUGUGAUAAAUGCUGUGGAGCAGGACUAUCGACUGCCUCCACCAAUGGACUGCCCCACAGCCCUUCACCAGCUCAUGUUGGACUGCUGGGUGAAGGAGAGGAACCUUCGACCCAAAUUCACCCAGAUCGUAGCCACGCUGGAUAAGCUUAUUCGCAAUGCUGCCAGCCUUAAAGUGGUCACUAACAGCACACAGUCCACAGGGGUAUCCCAGCCCUUGCUUGACCGUUGUGUGCCAGACUAUACCACUUUCACCACUGUGGGGGACUGGCUGGACGCCAUCAAGAUGAGUCGCUACCGUGACAACUUCGUCAACGCCGGAUUCGCUUCCUUUGACCUGGUGGCCCAGAUGACAGCAGAGGACCUACUUCGGAUAGGGGUGACGUUGGCCGGCCAUCAAAAGAAGAUUCUUGGUAGCAUUCAGGACAUGAGACUACAGAUGAACCAAACACUUCCUGUACAGGUGUGAGUGACAAGACACACAGAUGGAUGCAGUCAAAGGACAGCGAGACAGGAAAAGAGGGAACUGUGCCAGAGAGGUCCGCUGGAAAACCCUAGCUGCCUGACCCAUCUCUGCCAAUUACACAAUAUAAAACUGGCAUGCAGUGCCUCUGAAUAUAUAUUUUUUUCUUUUAUUUCACUACCACUUACAUUUCCUGUCCCAACUCUUUUUGUUUUUUAUCAUCAUUUUUUUUCCCCCAUCCGGAUGGAGUUUGUUUGUGAAAGAAGAGAAAGAUUUAAUCCCUUUUUUCCCGUGCGUGCAUCACCAUGAGUGGGUUGAUGUUUGCACGCAUGGGUUUUUUUUAGUGAGGUUGGCCUUAGUCACACUCUGAUCGUAACACAAGAGCCUCUUCCCUUGACCUCUCAACACAGCUCUGUUGGAUUGAAUACACACUGAAGAAUGAACACCAAUAUAUUAAAAAACAGUGAUGUGCAAAUAUCACUUCAAUUAUAAGAAACAAAGCGGAAAAAAAACUUUCAAAAAUCAGAUGUGUGUCAGACCUUGGAGGAUAGAGGACAAUUCUAUCCCUGGUAGAAGUUUUCUUUAUUGUGCAUGUGUUAUAUUCUUCAUCUUCAUAUUGAAGGUGUGUUACCUAAAAAGGUCACUUCCUGGAGAGGGGGUAGGUGGUGAGGGAAGGAUUCAAGAUGGGCUGCAGUUACAGGUCAAGAGGAUGACAGAGAUCAAGAAGGUCAAAGGAAGGCAGCCACAGUUGUGGACACCUGUUGGGUCAUCAGAUAACCAUGUCCCUCUAAUCUGGAGUGACUCAGGAUAGUUCUGCAGUUUUGGGAACACCUGCUUAUCAACAGUGUUCUGGCGCAUAAAUAAUAUUUUUACUUUUAUUUGUCCACGGUCGAUUAAUUUUCUUUUUUUUUCCUACACACUUUUGGGAGACUUGUGGUUUUAAAGUGGCCGGUCAAACUGAAGUAGCCCCCCUCCGCUGAACACUUUUUGUGACUGGGGGGAGAUGAGGACUAUGGCUAUGACUAUUGAAAGACCCUUUGGCCUUGUGUGUGCAUUUUUUGUACCUGUGUGUGUGUGCGUGUGCGUGUGCAUGUAUGCGUGUACGUGUGAUUAGGUGUGCCUGGAUGUGUGGGUGUUAUCUAGUGCACACAAAUAUACUGUACAAUACAGCUUCUGCUAUUUGCCACCAUGGAGAAUUAACGCAUGAACUGAAUUGAACUGUAAUCCGGAGCAACUAUAUCUGAAACAAUUACGCUAUACUCUGUGGACAGCCGUUUUUUUUUUAUUGGAUCCAAAAAUGGACUUUGGACACACCGUACAUACACACACAACAUUUACCUGAGAGAAACCAUGAUGGACACCCUCAUUUCUACUUACUAUUAUCUGGAUUUAGAAUAAUCAAAUCUUGUUUUAAUUUCUUGAUACCCUGCCCUAUGUAUUUAUUUGUACUUCAUCCACCAACCCAAAAUCCCCCACCAACAACCAGAUGGACGAGGCCGUUUGGGAGAGUGGACUUGGAACAAUCAGAUGGAAAAGAAACUAAGAAAGAGGAUUUGCCUUGGAAUUGAUUGUUAUUAAACUAAGGAAAUUGCAUAUAAAUUGGAUAUUGUAUCUUUGUUGUUGUUCUAAACAGCCUGUACAUGUUUUGUAACAAAAAAAAAAAGACAAAUGACAAAAGAAACAUGGUGUUUUUGACGAAAAGGUUUUUUUCUGAAAUGUUUGCGUGAGUUGGAUUAACGAUGUGAAAGGGAUGACGACAAAGAGGAGGGCAAAUUAUGAGUUAGAGAAGAAGAAAUGAACACAACCCAUCUCAAUUCACAGGUAUUAACCUAAUUGUUCUGCAUAUAUUGUUGUCUCAGCGUUGACAAUGAGUAGGUGUGUUCAGGCUUUUGUGUGCCACCAGAACUUGAUAUUAAGCUCCCCCCACCGGUUUUCAUCCUCAACAUAAAGAACGUUUGUAGAGCACUGGGCUGUUACUAAUUGUCUUCCAGGCACAUUAUGGUUAAUUCCUGCAAACCACUCAACUGUUGUCAAAUCUGUUUUAUGUGGGGCUGUUAAGUGCUUACUUGGGAGCAAGUCCAGCCCGAGAUAAAUGUACGUCCAAGUACACAGUUCACCUUCCUUUAACAUCGUUCAUGCUCACGGAUGAGCGCCACUCCGGGGUCUGCAGUCGCCCUCCUUCAAAAAAGGAUCCUCAUUAGAAAAUCCGGAGCUGUCAGAAGAGAAACCCGUUGGUCUUUGUGUGUCAGGUCGAUUAAUCCAGCAACCAUUUGGGAAUUGCCAGGAUAUGAACGUGCGGCGCACAGGCAUACGCAGACACAGGGCAGGCGGGCCUAUCAUUAUCUCCCAUUCAUUUCCUGUCUGUGCUGCAAUCAUUCUGUCUCAGCUCUGCCUGCUGCAUGAUUAGCACGGCGCAGGAUCAACAGCUCAGGCAUGCACACAGCCAAAAUUCUCAGUCCCCCCUCUUCCUCACUUAACUGAUAGCAGCUGCAUCCCUCAAACCCCGGCUACUUGUGCUUCACACAAGAGGGUGUGUGAAGGUGAUGGAUUACAGAGUGAGGCUCCAUCACCGCUGUGAUCUACCAGAUAGCCUCCAUAUUGUUUCGGUUGGGACUGAUCAGAACAACAUGUGAAUACAGUUCCUUAGGUAUUGAAUGAAAGUCCAAUGUCUCUGGUCAUGCAGUGUGUAUUGCCAGCUUUUUCAAGCCUGUCUAAAGUUCCCUCAGAAGAAGAGGACAUUAUGCAAAACAACAUACUCCCUAUUUAAUGUUGUUCUAUAUUGUCCACAUAUGGAUGUUUUUACUAUUGCUAAUAGUCUGUUAAGAGCUUACUAACCUGUUACAGAAGUAGUGCACACUCAAAUAGUAGUUUUAAAGUUGUGUGCUAAUGCAGUGCAGUAAAUAAGUCUCAGUUUUUUUUAACACGGAAGUGGUGCAUUCCUAUUUUCUAAGAAGCACCACAUUGGGCAACAUUAUAUAUUUUUUACAUUGUGGUGUGCGAAUACUGUGUCCUCCUCCGUUAUGCUGCAAUUAGAAAAAGUGAUUGAGUCCACAUUAAGAAAUGACUGCAAUCAGAAAUGUGGGAUUACCAUGAAUACUAAUUACUGUUCUCUCCUUCAAUCAGCUCAAGUUCUCAGACAGUUUAGCCCAGUUUUGCUAGCUUGUUUGUGGCACCAGACAAAAUGCAGCUGAUGGACAAGAAAAUACGAAAAGGUGGUGGAAGAAUGAGGCUAAACACAAUCAGAUGGUCGACAUGCCAACUCAUGAAAAAUGGCAUUUUGGAGCCUUCAUGAACUAUUGAUGAAGUACACAUGGUUUUCAGGGGUCUGGACUCGUGUUCACCAAAGUCAACCGGCAGUGAGUGAUGAGCUCAACUUGCAGUGUUGCACAUAUUUAAAAGAUUAACCCACCACCACUUCAACUGCAAACAUUUCAUCUCUAAGUUUUUUUUUGUUUUAUUUUCAAUGGCAUCCACAAGAGUUUUUCACAUAAAGCAUUUACAUCGAGGAUGGAACCUGCUCCUCUGUGUUUCUUAUUCAUCCCUGUGACUUACUGAGGUUGGAAAUAAGAUGGACUGUCACUUUUCCCUGUGUGUGCGUCUGUGUGUGUGUGUGUCAGUGUGUGUGGCGGUUAAAAGAAAUGCCCUUUUCUGCAGAGACAGUUUAAUCAGCAGUUUAGUUAUAUCUUUGUGUGCCAAUAUCCAAACUAUCCAAACAUUCCUUAUACCUUUCCUUCCCUGAUUUACAACCUUUGCAUCAUCACAAUCCAUACACACACCCACACAACCCAAAGUCCCCCCCCCACCCUGCUCAUACUUACAACUCUCGUGCUUUGUUUCCUAAAUUGUCUGUUUUAAAUGAAUAUAUUUAGUCUUUUUGUUAUCCUCUAACAAGCUCACCAGUCUUUUGGUCACUUUUUUCCCCCUCUUUUUUUAAGAUAAAAAUAAGCAACAUGUUUCAGAGAGUACUGUAAAUGUUUAGUGUAAUAGGGGCAGGGAAGGGGUUGGUUAAAGAAAUGCAAUUGUUAAUUCCUCUUUGAGAAGCAUUGAGAUGUAUUUAAUGGUGCAGACAUACACAACAAAUUACUAAAAAAUGAUAAUGCAUUCUUGUAGAAAUAUUUUUAAAAGACCCUUUUUGCAAUUAAAUUAUUUAAGAAAUGU